CACGAUGAGUAGGCGUUGAACCAAUUGUUUCUCCACACAUCUAAAAAGAACAAAAAAAAUUAAAAAAAAAAAAAAAGUAGCGAAGAAGAAACUGGUUGUACUGAUGAUCAUGGCGCCCAGCGUAAUCUUCGUGCUUAUGUGGCGCCUCAAUUUGCAAAUACUUUAUCCAUACGAUUACAUGGGCUGUUCUCUGCAGGGUGCUCUGAACAAUGAGCAUCUGAUAUGGAGCAAGGGGGAUCCUUAUGAGCUGCAGAUGAGGAUGUAUCUAAGGGACUCAUUUCGGACGACGCUCAUGCUAGUGCUGAUGAUGGAGAUGAUGCAAGCGGUAGAUGCAGCCAUCAAUGUACCAAUUCCGAUGGUCAUGGCCGUUAGACUAUGAACUUUGUCCCCACUGCUUAUUUGUCCCCCGCAUCAAAUCAACAACAGCACUCAAAUAAUUUCGUCUUGGGGUAGGACCCGCUAUUGCGCCAACGUUCGUUCGUCGACGUUCGCCGUUGUCGCUGACCAUUUAAUCAGUAAAUUUUAUUUUUAAAAAUGUUAUUAAACAAUAUUUGCCAUAGCAAAAGUCAGACGCUCGUUCGCAGUGCAAUAAACUUUUCAGCUCUUGAGCUCCAGCGA